AUGGGCCCUGACGUGGGGGAUCCUGCCACCCCGGGUGCCUCGGCGGGCAAGCCUCGCGCGCCGGUUGGACUGUCCCUUGAGGGGCGCAUCGCGGUGGUGGUGGCCCCGACCCCCCCUUCUCUGUUCGGGCGUGCAGAACGUCUUGGCGCCCCUGAUGCCGCUGUGCCGCCUGCGCCUGGGGUGGGGGAUCGAUCGUGCACCCGGGCCAUGGCGCGGGCGGUGGGGGAUCUGGAGACGCCGCCUGGCCACGGGGGCAGCGUCGUGGUGGUGGCGCCGCCCCUUGAUUCGCGGCGCAUUCGCGCCUUGUGUCCCUCGGCUGGUGCGUGUGGGACCGGGGCUCUUGCGACGGGCCUCAACGAGGGGGUUUUGGCCACCCCGGGAGCCUCGGCGGGCGAGCCUCACGUGCCGAUUGGACCGGCCCUCCAUGGGCGUAUCACGGCGGAGGCUGCCCCCAGCCCGUGGGGGGACCAAGCGCUUUUGGAUGCGGCUGUGGCGGGAGAGGUCGAGGUGUCUUCGGUGGGCCUCUUCGAAGGGGAUCCUCUGGCCCCCCCUUGGACUUCGACGAACGGACCUCGCGGGGCGUACAGACCGGCCCUCGAUGGGCGCUUCGAGGCGGGCGCUGCCCAGACUUCACGCACACGGCUUGAGCCUUCUGAGCACUCCGGCGCCCUUGACGUUUCUGCGCCGCUCGCGCCCGGUGUGGCGGACCGUCUGCACACCCGGGCCAUGGCACGGGCGGGCCAGGGUUCGGUGGUGCGGCCCGCCCUUGGGCGCUGCGAUGUGGAGGCGGAGGAGCUCGUCGAUCCAUGGCGCAACUGCGCCUCAGUUCUCUCGGUUGGAGCGGGCCGGAGCGGAGAGCAGCUGGAGGGCCUCUACGAUGGGGAUUUGGCCACCCCGGGGACUUCGUCGGCUGGCUUUCGCGUGGCAUUUGGAACGGCCCCUGAUGAGCGCUUCGUGGUGGUGGCCGCCCGGGUUUCUUCCUCGAGGAGUGGGAGGUCUGGACGUCUUGAAGCCCAAGCCUCUCUCACGCCUAUCUCGCCCGGCAUGGUGGUCUACGUCUCUGACAACUCUGCGCCUGGUGUGGGGGGUGGUGGGGCGACGUCCGGGCAACGGUGCGCGAUGGCCGGGCGUCUGGGGGCUGAUUGCCGCAGUGGUGGUGCUGUGGCUGUCUGGGCGACGCGGCACUCACUGGAUCCGGUCGGCGGGGCGGCUCCGGGUGCUUCCUUCUCGGGGCGGGUCGAGGUCGUCGGAGUCGUCAUCGAGGGAUCGCGCAGGCUGCCAUCGGAUGCUGACUCUGAGGAGCUCUGCGACUGGGAGGUGGUGUUCGAGGACGGCGAGGCAGUGAUCGAUGACCUCAGUGCUUUUUCAGAUUGGCUCUUGGAGCUUCCAUCAGGCCGCCUUCAUGCGGUUUAUGACAUGCGGAUGGUGGGCUCUCUUCUGGAGGUUGCUGCCCGGCCGUUGGUGGUGGCCGAUCGUGAUGGGGCUUCUUCGGGGGCUGGUUGCGCUGAUGCUCGUCCUCGUGUGAGCGUUCUGGCCGCACCACCCAAGCGGCUGGCGCUCUGCCCGCCCCAGGAGGACUCUGAGGAUGGUGGCCGGCAGCUCCAGCUCGUGGCGAACCGGGCGAGGCUGGCGGCGCUGGAGGGGAGGCCGGCCAGGGGGAAACUCCUGGCCUUGACGGACGAGGCGCUGUGGGCCCUCCUGGCGGCCAACGGGCUGCCCCGGCGGCGGGACCACACCAAGGUCCUCAUGGCUGGGGACCUGGUGGCCUGGAUGGAGGGGCAUGGGGAGGAGGCCCUCAGGCUGCCGGAGGGUGUGUCUCGUGUGCACAACCCUUCCCCUACCCCCUCUCUCCCCCGCUCCCCCCCUCCCCUCAGCAGCAGCCCCAUGCGGCAGCAGGCCUCAUCGACCCCGGGGGUGGACGCCUCCCAGCCCCCGCUCCCCAUGAGUGGCCCUCCGUUGAUGGGGGACCCACUUGGCCGGGCGUCAUAUGAUGUGGGGAGGGCCGCUGAGACCCUGGCCAGGUCGUCCUCCAAUGUUCUGGUGGCAUUGGAGGCGGUGGGGGGGCUGAUCGCCAAGGUCAAGGGCGGUGCCCCCCUUGCGAGUUCUGAUCUGCUCGCCCUCGCCCCCCUCAUCUCUGGGUGCACUGCCACCAUGAGGGUGGUGGUGGCUGGAGUCACUGCUUGUGACCUCAGGCAUGCAUCUCAGCGGGUUCCAGCCAAUGCCGCUGCCGUGCCGGGGGCAUGUGCGGCUGCGCCUGCUGUGCGGACGUUCGCCGAGGUGACUCGGACGUCCCUGGCGCCCACGACGACCCAGAUGACGACUUUGACGACUCAGCUCGCGCAGACGUCGCAGGCGACGCCGACUCAGACGGGCCUGAGAUCUCCGACGCAGCUGACGACUCGGGGACGUCAGGGUCGUCAGGGACGUCAGGCGACGCUUCGGGGUGUGGCGGCUGACCGGAGCGCUGCCUCCCCCGCGCGGCGCCCCCCUCCCCAGUGGGAUUGGGACCGGACGAUCGUCAUGCGGCCCCUUCAGGAGGUGGGCAGGCGGCAGGCGACGCGCGCCAUGGACUUUGGCCGCGCACUUGAUCAUGCGCUGACGUCCAGGUGGGGAUGCGACAAGGUGGUCCUGAUGGUCAGGAGGACGGGCCAUGGGGAGUACGCCGUUCUGAUGACGAAGGGGGGCUAUGCUCGGGCCAGGACUUUGGCUCCAAUUCAGGUGGCUGGGUUCGGCAGGUGGGAACGAUUGGAGGAGGCUCGCCGAUGGCUCAUGAGCGGGUCAUUCGUUCUCAGCGUGGUCCCUUUGUCCCGCUCCCCCUCCGAUUUGGCGCGGGAGCUGGCUUCUGACAAUGCCAGCCGCUGGAGUGGCGUGUCGCAGGAGCUCAUCGACAAGGGUUCCACUGUGGACGUGCUGCUCAUCCAGGACCCACCGCUGUCGGUGGCCAUGGGGCGGACGGGCCUCCCGGGUUUUCGGCUGGUGGUGGUGCCGGGCACCGACUCCAUGAACCCCCAGGCGGCGAUCUUGAUCAGGGACUCGCUAUGGUUCAGGUCGGUCCGCCCUUUUGGGCCCAGAGUUGCUGCCGCUGAACUCAUGGGGCCUUCGGGGUCUACAGUGGUCAUCUCGGCUUACAUUCGUCACACUUCGGGGGAGGGCCUGGACGAUCUCCGCCGGGCAGUGGUCUGGGCACAGGGACACUCCCCUCGCCUGGUGAUUGGCAUGGACGCCAAUGGCCACAGCCCGUUAUGGGGGCCGGAGGACAUUCCCUCCAACGCUGUGGGGCGUGCUCUGGAGGAGCUGAUCAUGGAGCACAACCUGGAGGUGGUCAACGAUCUGGACGCCCCUCCGUCCUUUGUUUCUGAUCAGGGGGUUCAGUCUUGGAUUGACUUCACUUUGGCCACUCGCAGCGCUGCUCUGGGUUUAGCUGAUUGGGCUCGGGGGAUUCUGCGGGCUCACGAUCAUGACUCCGGCUGUGAAGGGAGGCCGGUUGUGGAGACUCGUGAGGAGGCCGAUCGGAUGAUGACGACUCUUACCGAGGUGCUGCAAGGGGCCAUCGACGCACUUGUGCCAGAGAAGAGGAUUUGCUGGGCGUCAAAGCCAUGGUGGAGCCCCCAUCUCACGGAGCUGCGACGGCACAUGAAGCACCUUCGGAACAGAGCUGACAGACUCAACACGGACCAUGACAGGGGGCUCUUCCGCCGUGCCCGCAAGGCGUUCACUCAGGAGGUCAAGAAGACGGGUGAGGAGCAGUGGGUGGUUGAGGAUCCGGACAAGGCUAGGGUGCUUCAGGCGCGCUUUUUCCCUGAGGCUCCGUCUACUCAGGAGUUUCGUGACCUGGCUGAGACCAGGAGAGAGGAGGUGGAUUCCUGGCUAGCGGAGGAGUGGGAGGCGUUCCCUCCGAUCCAGGAGUUCGAGGUCCGGAGGCGGAUCCUGGAGAUGAGGGCGGUUAGCGCACCGGGGGCGGACGGCAUUUUGGCCAAAUGCCUUCAGGAGUGCAGCGACAGCGUCACCCCGGUGCUCCAGACUAUCUUUGAUGGCCUGGUCCGCUCUGGCUCCCAUCCGUCUUCAUGGAGGGCUGCCAAG